CUUCUGCCUUAUAGAAAGAGACACAGAGAGAAAGAGAGAGAGAGAGAGAGAGAGAGAGAGAGAGAGAGAGAGAGAGAGAGAGAGAGAGAGAGAGAGAGAGAGAGAGAGAGAGAGAGAGAGAGAGAGAGAGAGAGAGAGAGAGAGAGAGAGAGAGAGAGAGAGAGAGAGAAAUGGAAGUAAUGAGAAUUCUUCACAUGAACAAAGGAAACGGUGAAACGAGUUACGCCAAAAACUCCAUCGUUCAGAGCAACAUAAUAUCUCUAGGCAGAAGAGUAAUGGACGAAGCCUUGAAGAAGCUAAUGAUGAGCAAACCAGAAAGUUCGAGCAUUGGAAUCGCCGACCUAGGCUGCUCCUCCGGUCCCAACAGUUUCCUGUCCGUCUCCAACAUCAUAGACACAAUACAAAACGUUUGUCAUGACGUGGACCGUACAGUUCCUGAGCUCAGAGUCUCUCUCAACGACCUCCCUAGCAAUGACUUCAACUACAUCUUUGCUUCUUUGCCAGAGUUUUUCGACCGGCUUAAUGAGAGAAACAAUAACAAUAAAGAGGUUUUAGGGCUCGACCGCAGAGGAGGACCACCGUGUUUUGUGUCGGCGGUUCCUGGUUCCUUCUACGGACGUUUGUUUCCUCGCGAGAGCCUUCACUUUGUUCAUUCUUCUUCUAGUUUACACUGGUUGUCUCAGGUUCCAUGUGGUGAGGUGGACAAGGAAGAUGGGGUGGUCAUAACAGCUGAUUUGGACAACAAAGGCAAAAUAUACAUAUCAAAGACAAGUCCUAAGAGUGCACAUAAGGCCUAUGCUCUUCAAUUCCAAACCGAUUUCUCGGUGUUUCUGAGAUCACGAUCCGAGGAGUUGGUUCCUGGAGGCCGAAUGGUUUUAUCGUUCCUCGGUAGAAGCUCACCGGAUCCUACAAGCGAAGAGGGUUGCUAUCAAUGGGAACUCCUAGCUCAGGCUCUUAUGUCCAUGGCCAAUGAGGGUAUCAUCAAAGAAGAGGAUAUCGAUGCUUUCAACGCUCCCUACUAUGCUGCGAGCUCCGAAGAGUUGAAAAUGGCGAUAGAGAAAGAAGCUUCUUUUUUUAUCGAUCGACUUGACAUCAGUCCGAUUGAUUGGGAAGGUGUAAGUAUCAGCGAGGAGAGUUAUGACAUAGUACGCUCCAAACCAGAAGCCCUAGCUAGUGGACAAAGAGUGGCUAAGACCAUACGAGCCGUGAUAGAGCCGAUGCUAGAACCUACAUUUGGUCGUAAUGUGAUGGACGACCUUUUUGAAAGGUAUGCAAAGAUAGUGGGAGAGUACUUCUAUGUGAGCUCGCCUCGAUACGCUAUGAUUACUGUUUCACUCGUUAGAACGGGUUGAUCAUGUUAUAUAAACCUAUGCUUAUUUACAUGUCUUUGGACCUACAACGACAUGAUUUGGUAUCUUUUAAUUAACGAAGUAUAUGUAAUAUGUCAUUUGCUUCGAGAAUAAAAUAAAAAUAAAAAUAUCAGAUCCUAUGGAAGAUUUAAAUAAGUCAAAAUAAAGAUGUACUUAUA